AUGUCAUAUGAUGGUUGGGGACAAGGUGAACCAAACAAUAAUGGUGGAGUUCAAAAUUGUGCUUGCAUCAGGUCGGUCACAGAGUAUAUAUAUAGAAAGCAUGGAAAAUGGGACGAUGACCUCUGUACAUUGGACAGAAACUUCAUUUGCCAGAAAGGAAUUUAUAAUUUCCAUCUCGUGAUCCCUCGAACUUAUCCCGGUUUCGCUAAUGUAUACUGCGCCAUCAACGUCGAAAUCGAAGGAGAAACACUGUCUCCAGAUGACGUCACGCUAUCCGUCGGUCAAACUCUUUCGUCAUCGAAACCGAUUUCCUGCUCAUCGACGAGUCUUGACGGUGAAUUCCGUAAUAAAAGUUUCCUUCUUGACAAUGUGAACGAAGACGACCAAAUCUUCUGCUACGUAGGUGAACUGCCGGACAAAAAUAGAUCCUUUUCACUGGCUACUAUUUCUGCUGUCUUUGAUUUUUACGCUUUACCAGAGCUACCAUCCGGCCCAACAGUCGGAGAGAUCAGGUCGUCAUCAGUCUCUGUCUUCUGGAGCUCUUGGAUACCUUGUCUGGACUUCGGCGACGGGCCAGUUGUUGGUUACCUUAUCUAUCAGCAAACUAUGGAAGACGAAUGGAUAGUGGUUGGUAAAAUCGACUUGGAUGUGGGAGAGGGCGAUCUUCAACGAAUAAUGGAGUUUGUAUUGACUGACUUGGAACCAGGAACAGAAUACAAUAUCAGUGUGUCUGCCGUCAGAGAAGGUCCCGGCGGAGAAGGACCAAGAAGUCCACUUGUGACUGUUACGACUCCUACCCUCGAGUGUCAGCACCUGAGGAAAACUAGUGCUGUUUGGAUGGCUUUAUUCGUGAUAUCGUUCUCGGGGAUCAUCAUACUUCUUGUGAUUGUAGGCAAGCGGAAGCAGAAGGCGGACCUGACUCGUGUACGUUUUGACCCAGAAGGAGCAGGCGAUCCAAAGAGCCCUGAUUACGAGCUGCCUCCACAGAGUGUAGUCAGGCAACAUGCCUACCAGGGCCUCAGAAGAUCAAGGAUCAGCGACAGCAUAGAAGUGGAUUACGAUGACACCGCUGAUCCAGAGAAAUUGUAAUGUCAUCUGGAGUUCGAAAGUAGUUAUUAAGUCUGCACUGGAGGCGUCAUGUAUUGAGUUAGGACUGCGUCAACGACACGCAUGACCUUUGACACGCAAUAAGUGACUUUGCACAAGGAAUGGAUGUAGAGCUAGUAUCACAUUGGGCGUAACAGCUUGCAACUUGUUUUAGACACAACAUUUAGAGAAAAUACUAGAAUUAGCGACAAUUUUCACUUGGAAUCGCACUAAAUUGGUACGUACGACACAUUUGUGUAUGUCGCGCGAACUCCCGACAACAUUUGGGUACAAAAUUUGCCUGGAGUUUUCAAACUAUAUGCUUUAAAUAUGGUUUAAAGUACAUUGCACUGGGUGUGUGU